UACACGAAAAUCCAGUUUUCCUUUGCAGUCAUAUGAAAAUGUUCUCUAUAGGCUCAACCUCAGCUGUUGGUGACAUUUAAACUAAGUAAAUACAGCACUGAUGUAGAAUCUAGGACUGUCAAUAGGCUACAUCCUAUUUAAGAACUGCGUAUAGUCAAGAAAUUCCUUCCACACCUUAGUUUGACACACCUACUCAGGGCUGAUUCGAUUGUCAUUGCUGUAUUAAAUGAUACAAUGCAGCCUCUCCUCAUUUGGCUGAACUGUUAUCUGCAUUGAAGGUCACCUCUGUUGUACACUGAAGCUCAGAAAAUUAAGGAAAUGGCUUUUGCAAAGUCGCUGUUGAGGACCCUGUUUCUCGUUCUCCUGGGUAUGUUGCUUUCUUUUGUUCUUUUUGAGACUGACUUUAAAAGGUCACAGUCACUGCCUGAUAUCAAAAUACCAGUGCAAUACCAUGUUGACCUGCCUGGCUGCUCGGCUAUCAUCUCUGGUGAAAUUCAGGGCAAGGAAGACAAAUUACAAGUGCUUCUGGCAUCCAAGAAAAGACAGAGUUUGUUAUCUGAGGAGUUCUAUCUUAAUGUGACAAAGGACUGUCAAGCUUACAUUGAAAAGAGAGGUUUCAUCACAACACCUCUCAGUGAGGAGGAGAGAGACUUUCCCAUUGCCUACUCCAUGGUGAUCCAUGAGAAGAUUGAGAUGUUUGAGCGCCUUCUACGAGCUGUUUACACUCCUCAGAACAUCUACUGUGUGCAUGUGGACCAGAAAUCCACUAAGGAAUUUCAGAAGGCUGUAGAGGCAAUUGUUUCCUGCUUACCUAAUGUGUUUGUGGCCAGUAGAUUAGAAAGAGUGGUAUAUGCCUCAUGGUCAAGAGUGCAGGCGGAUCUCAACUGCAUGAAAGAUCUGUUGGGGUCACACGUCCAGUGGAGGUACCUGCUCAACACCUGUGGGACUGACUUCCCCAUCAAAACCAAUAGGGAGAUGGUUCAGGCUCUGAAGUCUCUCAACGGAAGAAACAGCAUGGAAUCUGAGGCCACCAAUGACUACAAGAAAAACCGUUGGCGUUAUCAUUACAAUGUCACCAACCAAGUUGUCCAGACGAAUGUGAGGAAAAGCCCCCCUCCCAUUACGAGCCCCAUGUUCUCAGGAAAUGCCUACUUUGUGGUCACAAGGGCCUUUGUGAAACAUGUGCUGCAGGACAGAGAGGUUCAGAAAUUACUGGAGUGGGAGAAGGACACAUACAGCCCUGAUGAGCACUUGUGGGCCACUCUGCAGAGGAUGCCCUCCGUUCCUGGAUCCAUGCCUGCUAAUGUCAAGUACGACACAUCAGACAUGCAAGCCAUCGCUCGUGUGGUGAAGUGGAGCUAUUUAGCAGGAGAUAUGAGAGACGGAGCCCCGUACGAUCCAUGCACUGGGAUCUAUAGAAGAGCAGUUUGUGUGUACGGAGCUGGGGACCUCAAGUGGCUCCUGAGACAACACCACCUCUUUGCAAAUAAGUUUGAUCCAGAGGUUGAUGACAUCGCCCUGAGGUGUAUGGAGUCAGUUCUGUUUUUCAAAGCUUUAGGCCAUGAACCACAGUUGAUUGAACAAUACUCCAACAUUUUGUGAAGCUUAUAUAUCAUUUAUUUAACCAAGUAAAAGUCUCAUUGAGAUUAAAAUCUUUUUUCUGAGUGACCUGAAAUGUAGAUUUGAAAUGUAAUUUUUGAGAUAAGGCAAAACUUCAUACUUAUUACAGGAACCACUUUUACAGAAACCAUAUUAAUUUAUUAUCAAAAAUAGUUAAGAUCUUGUCCUUUCUUAAUUAUGUGCCUGUUAAUGUUAUUUUCACAUGUAAUAUGAAUGUAAUAUGUAAUAUGUGGAUUUAAAUGUUACUGUGAAAACUUUGCUAUGGAUCUCAUGUAAUUUCUUAUAAUAUUCUGUCCAUUUUAAUGAUAUUGUCAUGUAAUUUCUGUGCCUUCAUAUGAUUUCAAUGAAAUCUGUAUUAGUAGUGCCAUCUAGUGGGAACUCAUUACACACACUACAUUACCUUCAGUAGCUUGGUGAUUAUUAUUUGAAUCUUUUCUAACAUACUCACAACAUUGCCAUAGGCAUUUACUGAUGCUGUAUAAUCAUCUCUAUCUUGUUACCACUGCAAAAGUGGAACUAUAUGGAAUAAAAAAAGUACAAAACGAUGAUGUGGAUCCAUGACUUUACUUGGAGUAAAUAAUGUUAUCUUAAGACCUACAGAUUUGUUUCAGAUUGUUGCUCUCAGAAAUGUUGUCCCUCCACAAGUCUGAGGGCACGUUCAAGUGAGCGGUAAAAAAAAAAAAAAAAAAAAAAAAAAAAGACCCAACAACUUUAUUUUCCCCAGGCAGGAUUCUAACAGACGUCAGCAGUGAACAGUGAAAAAGGUGCGGUCAAAACUUGUUCUAUGAAAUGCCACUCAGUGGGUCAGAGACCUGAAAUGUAGUUUAAAAUCAGAGCAACCAUAAAAAUAUAUUAAUUUCUCUCCUUUGUCACCUUUUGAAUAUAAAUAUAUAUUUAAAUGUAUUAAAGCAGAACAUGCAUCAACCAUUUUAACAGAGUGCCUUAAAUAAAGUGUAGAUACAACAGUAACUAGGAAACAACCAUAAGCUAAAUUUGACAUGAUAUACCGGCAGUAAAUAAAAAGGAUUAAAAAGGUUUCAGACAGCAUGUGGAAAAAGGCUGAAGAUCAAGCUGCUUGACACAGUAAUACAGCAAGAUGUUCCACAAUGUAACAGGCAGCAUAGUUUCAAAAGGGCACUUUCCUGAUACUAAGAGUCUCCAGUCAUGUGGCCCAGAACAUAAACACAAGAGUGGCUGUGGUUCUGAACAUUCCUCAUCGCUCUCUUCCUCCAGAUCUUGCAUUGCCAGCAGGGUCACUCUGGAACAGCAGCAGCUGCGAUCUCCACUUUGCCGUGCAUGUCCUGGUCGAUUC